AUGGAGAAUACGAACGACCAUAUGCCGAGGUGCCCCGAGGUCUUCGUCAAGCUCGUCAACGCCUGCUGGAACCCAGAUCCCGACCUAAGGCCCUCGUCCGACCAGGUGCUCUCCAUCUUGGACACCGUGGCCGAGGACUACGAGCGAUCACCCGAGACGUGGGAGAAGACGCGACUGCGCAAGACGCCGGGGUCAUGA